AUGGUCAAGUUCAACGUCUUCGACGCCCGCGAGCUGCUCGCCUUCCCCGGCGGCGACAACGAAACCGACACGGUAGUCGGCGGCGUCCACUUCAACCUCACGACGCUCCAGCACUGGAACUACACGCUCUGGGGCAACCGGACGCUGUCCAACGAGACGGAAUGCUGGCUCGUCUUCUCGCCCUACGAGCCCCGCCUCGUGCGCGACAACGGCAGCUUCGUCAACGCGACGAGCUGCUACAACGCCGUCCGGUCCAUCGGCACGCGCGGCUACACGGGCAUCGGCUUCGCCGCCCUCUACGGGCUCGGCCUCGUCCUGACGCUCACGGCGCUGACCAAGCACGGCGCGCUCUACCUGCCCAAGGAGCGGCGCUUCUACCCCAUCGGCCGACGCUGGCAGUGGUACUGGGCCUGCUUCGUCUGCGGCUGCGCGCUCAUCAGCCUCUUCACCAACAUCGACGUCGACCGGUACUACCUGCAGGACCUGCCCAUCAUCAUCAACGUCUUCUUCUGGUUCCUCGUCUGCCAGGGCACGCUGGCGCUGACGUGGGAGGCGGUGCGGCACUGGGGCAGCUGGCUCGAGCGGCAGUACGUCGACCCGAACCCCUUCAUCUACCGCGAGGGCGACGGGCGCUGGCAGAUUGAAUUCUGGACGCCGCUGUGGUUUUACUUUUGGCUCUGGAUGAACUUUUUCCUCGUCGUCCCGCGCAACUGGAAUUUCGUCCGAGCGCAGCACUCGAUUGAGCAGACGGCGGCCGUCGCGGCGCCGACGGCGACGGGUGCGCGCUUCAAGGCGGCGGCCUUUUGCCUCGUCAUCGCCUGGCUCACCAUCGUCUUCUUCGUCCGGCACUCGAUCAAGCACUACAAGCCCCGGCACCGCGGCCUCCUGAACAGGACGGUGGCCUUUGCCAAGGCCGUGCCGCUGCGCUUCGUGCUCAUCAUCCCGCUCACGCUCGUGCUCAUCGCGUACCAGGCCUUUAUUUCCUUUGUCUGGGAGUACUCGGUCAUCCGCUACGACGGGCCCGUCGUCGUCGUCUUCGCCUGGGGCUACGGGCCGCCGCUGCUCAUCGUCUUCGUCCAGGUCCUGUACGGGUUCGCGAGCCCCAACGAGGACAAGGAGCUCAUCCGGCAGCGACGCGAGCGCGGCGAGGUGGUGAACCGCGAGCUCGGCAUCGUCAAGCGGCCGGCCUGGUGGCGGCGGGUCCGGGGCGAACACCUCUACUCGCUGCGCGACAAGAUCAGCCGCAACGUCGACGAGGUCGGCACCGAGCGCGGCGUCGGCCGUCGGGCGGAGCUCGAGAACGAGGUGGAGCGGGACGCCCGGCUCGAGGCUCAGGGGGCGGCCAUUGACGACGAGGUCGAGCUCGAGGAGGUGGUGCGGCGGCGGCCGGACGCGGCGACGAACCCGCGCGUGGACCGAGCCGGGGCGCGCGGCGCGUCCAUCGCCGUGCCCUACGCCGGCAAGGACGAGCGGCGACAGGGCGAGCGCGUGAUGCAGUCGGCCGCGAGCGUGCUGUUCCCCAACAACCUCGCCGAGCAGCGCGCGCAGCGGGUGGCCUUUUUGAUGGAGGAGGGACCGGCGCCGCCGCCGUACUCGGAUGCCGUCUCGACGGCCGAGGCGUCGACGUCGGCGCCGGCGGCGCAGCGGUCCAACAGCACGUCGACGGUGGACUCGCUCUCGAGGCCGCCGCAGCAGGUGCGCAGCAUGCUGGACGUGUAG